UUCUUCUUCUCAUCUCUCUGUUUCUAAUUUCAGAGGAAGGAGGAGAAGAGAAAAGCUAAAGACUUUUCCAAUGCGAUGAAGCUUCUAUACAAUCAUCGCAUGUUCUCACUUUCACCAAUCUGAUUUCUGGGUUCGUCUCAUAUAGUUUUCUUAAUUUGUUUUCCUUUUUUAAUCUGAUCGCAGAGAAAAAGUUAAAUUUUUAUUUUGGUCAACCACCAAAGACUAAAACUUUUUUUGGGUAAUGGGUUUCUAAAAGGUGAAGAGAGAAUUUUGAGGGGUUUAUACAUUAGUUUGAUGAUAUGGCGACAUUAUCAGAUAUUGGAUUAGCAGCAGCGAUCAACAUUCUAAGUGCAUUGAUAUUUCUUUUGCUAUUUGCGAUCUUGAGGAUCCAACCAUUCAAUGAUAGGGUUUAUUUCCCUAAAUGGUACUUGAAAGGUGUUCGAAGCAACCCGCUGACUUCGGGUGCUUUCGUGAGCAAGGUCGUGAAUUUGGACUUUCGAUCUUAUAUACGGUUUUUGAAUUGGAUGCCUGCCGCUUUGAAGAUGCCAGAGCCUGAACUUAUUGAUCAUGCUGGUUUGGAUUCUGCUGUCUAUUUGAGGAUUUACAUGAUCGGGCUAAAGAUCUUUGUCCCGAUCGCAUUACUUUCAUGGUCAGUUUUGGUACCUGUCAAUUGGACAAGUGAUGGAUUGCAGCUAGCAAAACUUCGUAAUGUGACAUCGAGUAAUAUCGAUAAGCUUUCGAUUUCAAAUGUUGAACGUGGAUCAGACAGGUUUUGGGCGCAUCUUGUGAUGGCUUAUGCAUUCACAUUCUGGACUUGCUAUGUUCUAAUGAGGGAAUACGAGAAAAUAGCUGCAAUGCGGUUAUCAUUUCUUCAAUCCGAGAAGCGGCGUGCUGAUCAGUUCACCGUGCUGGUUAGAAACGUACCACCAGACUCAGACGAGUCAAUUAGCGAAAACGUUCAGCAUUUCUUUCUGGUUAACCACCCGGACCAUUAUCUUACACAUCAGGUGGUGUACAAUGCAAAUGAAUUGGCUAAAUUGGUAGCGGACAAGCAAAAAAUGCAGAAUUGGUUUGAUUAUUACCAAUUGAAGUAUACAAGAAACAAGGAACAAAGACCAAGAUUAAAGUUGGGAUUUCUCGGGCUAUGGGGAAAGAAAGUAGAUGCAAUGGAUCAUUACACAGCUGAGAUCGAUAAAUUAACCGAGCAAAUAAUGGAGGAAAGGAAGAGAGUAAAGAAAGAUGACAAGAAUGUAAUGCCAGCAGCUUUUGUAUCAUUUAAAACACGUUGGGGUGCUGCGGUCUGCGCGCAGACACAACAGACGAAGAAUCCAACAGAAUGGUUAACCGAAUGGGCUCCUGAGGCAAGAGAAAUCUUCUGGCCAAAUCUUGCGAUGCCUUACGUAUCUCUCACCAUAAGGAGAUUUAUAAUGCACAUUGCGUUUUUCUUCCUCACCUUCUUCUUCAUCAUUCCAAUCGCCUUUGUGCAAUCCUUAGCGAGUAUUGAAGGUAUCCAGAAAUCAGCUUCAUUCCUCAAUCCCAUCAUUGAAAACAAGUUUAUGAAAUCGUUGAUCCAAGGUUUUCUUCCCGGUAUUGUCUUGAAGCUCUUCUUGAUAUUCCUGCCAACAAUUCUAAUGAUCAUGUCGAAAUUCGAAGGGUUUAUUUCGAUAUCAUCGUUAGAGAGAAGAGCGGCUUUUCGAUAUUAUAUAUUCAACCUAGUGAAUGUUUUCCUCGGUAGCAUAAUCACUGGAUCUGCAUUUGAACAACUUGAUUCUUUUCUUAAACAAUCCGCAAACGACAUCCCCCGGACAGUUGGAGUAGCGAUACCGAUAAAAGCAACAUUCUUUAUAACGUAUAUCAUGGUGGACGGUUGGGCGGGUGUGGCUGGAGAGAUUCUUAGGCUGAAACCACUCGUCAUCUUCCAUUUAAAGAACUUCUUCUUGGUGAAAACUGAAAAGGAUAGAGAAGAAGCUAUGGAUCCGGGACAAAUCGAUUUCUACGCUACCGAGCCUCGGAUUCAGCUCUACUUUCUCCUUGGCCUUGUAUAUGCUCCUGUCACGCCUGUUCUACUUCCUUUCAUCAUCUUCUUCUUUGGUUUUGCCUACCUCAUCUUUCGUCAUCAGAUUAUAAAUGUGUACAAUCAGGAGUAUGAGAGCGCGGCUGCGUUCUGGCCUGACGUUCAUGGACGUAUAAUAACAGCAUUGAUCAUUUCACAAAUCCUUUUGUUGGGUUUAAUGAGCACCAAAGGAAAGGUUCAGUCCACACCUUUCCUCCUUGUUCUAUCGAUACUCACUUUCGGUUUUCAUCGGAUUUGCAAAGGCCGGUACGAAUCCGCAUUUGUCAUUAAUCCUUUGCAGGAAGCUAUGAUUAAGGAUACAUUGGAACGAGCAAGAGAACCAAACUUGAAUCUUAAAGGGUUUCUUCAAAAUGCAUAUAUUCAUCCGGUUUUCAAAGACGAGGAAUAUGAAGAAGAUGACCAGUUUGAGAGAUUAACCGAGGAUUCAGAUGAUGAAGAUUGUGUUGUUGUACCGACCAAACGUCAAAAACCCCGGAGAACUAGUGGUGGUUCGUCGCAAUCACUGCCUUUUAAUCGAUUUGAUACGGAUAAGGCUAAACCGAAGCCUUGAUGAUUAAAAAAAUUUGCUAAACCGGAUUGUUUUUUGUUUACGGUAUAGAAGAAACAGAACCAAUACGUUUUUGUAUAUUU